CUCCCAUCAUCAAAGAUUGAUCUUCUAAAAGGGAAAAUGUUAUGGCAUGCCAUAAUGGGGAAUGUACUUAUUAGGUGAAGCGUUCAUUGUGUAAUGAAAGUAUGAGGUGGAUUUCUUAUUAUCACUAUUGUAAACGCAAUUGCUGGUUUGUCUAAUCAUUGUCUUAUUCGCUUGGAUAGUUGGAUUAUAAAAUUUGUCGUCAACGAAGUGAUUCAAAUUGAGUGGACCCAUGUUUUGAAUGUAGUUUUCAGUGUAUCUCGAAUAACAUGUACUCGUAGUACAAUCAUUUUAUAAGUAAAAGAUUGAAUUUCGUGUUAUUGAUGGGGAAAGAGAGAUCUCGUUUUGAGUUGAGAUUGAACUUUCCAAAUUAAGAAUACAAAAUAUUUAACCGUUUAAGAUUUUUUUUUUUUUUACCCACUUCUUAAUUGAACAAGCAAAAUUCAUUAUUUAGUGGACUCUUUUUAGGAUGAUCUAGCUCCCACAUUUAGGCAAAGAUAGUAGUCAACAUUCAUCCUAGUUUGCAAGAGUAGCUUAUGAUUAGGACCACACACCCAACAUAGCAUAUGAUUAGGACCAAGUGUAGCUUACCUUGAGAAACAUUCUUAUUGGAAAGCUAAAAAAAGAAACUGUAUCAUCUAUUUAUAUGAUGAGAAAUUCUACUUCGAAUCUGAUGACAUCAACAACUCCUCGUAAUUGGAUAAUCAUUUUGUUUUUCUCUCUCUAGUCGAUCAAAAACCAAAAAGAAAAACGAGCACUCCAUCUGUGUCCAAUAACCAUGAAUGACGCAAAGCUAAAACCAACACUGCUCAUCUUAUGCCUAAUCUCAUCUCUAACCGUCUUUUGUCGAUCUUGUUAUGCUAAAUGCCACGACCAUGAUCAAGAGUUCAAUUAUGAUGAAGGAAGUGGGAGAGGGCCAUCGGAAUGGGGCUCACUCGAUCCAAACUGGAGAGCCUGUGGGGAAGGGAAAUCUCAGUCUCCGAUCGAGCUUUACCAUAUGGUGAAACAUGCACCGGAGCUCGGGAAGCUUAAGAGAACCUACAGGGCAGCUCCAGCUACCAUUGCCAACAGGGGACAUGAUGUCGCGGUGACAUGGAAAGGAGAUGCAGGAAAGAUCAGGAUCAAUGGAACUACUUACAGGCUGCAACAAUGCCAUUGGCAUACACCAAGCGAGCAUUCAAUCUAUGGUAAAAGGUUUGACAUGGAGCUUCACAUGGUUCACUCAAGCUAUGAUGGAUCAAUUGCAGUUGUUGCCUUCUUGUACAUGUUUGGAGAAUCCGACCCAUUUCUCUCCAUGCUACUGCCACACAUAAUCUCACUUGGAAAAGGAGAACACCAAUUGGGGAUAGUGAACCCUAAAAAUAUUGGAUUCCCAAGUGAAAAAUACUACAGAUAUGGAGGAUCUCUCACAACUCCUCCCUGUACAGAGGGUGUCAUUUGGACCAUCUUCCAACAGGUGAAGAUGGUUUCUCCAUUGCAAGUGCAGGCUUUGAAGAAUGCCGUUGAUCUCGGAUUCCAAAUGAAUGCACGUCCAAGUCAACAGUUACAUGGAAGAUCAGUUUAUCUGUACCAGUAGCCACUAGGUCACAACUGAGAAGUCAGUUUUUUAUUCCCUUUUUAUAAUGUUAGCCAUCGCAAGAAAAGGAAAAAACGCUGUACAAAUCUGAAACUACCUUUCUUCUCCUGUAUUGGGCCGGACCAAGAUAGUCUUAGAGGUAGAAGCCUGUGAUGGGCUGUAGCCUGUAGGCUGGCCCAAUAAUUUGUGGGCUUCAAGGGCGAGGCUUACAGGCUUUAUUAUGUAUUUUGGUCACAUUAUUGAUAAUUGGUUUUUUUUUUUAUAUGGACAAGAUGCUAGAGCGCUAACAAUACUUGGUUUUUACUCAAUUUCGCAUCAUAAAAUUGUAAACCAAACAACUAAUAAAACAUCGACAAAUAUGUUAACAACACUUCUUUUCAUUGCCAUUUCGUAUAAUCUCAUUUUAAGUCGGACGAUUAAAACGAACAUCCACCAAAUAAUAGGCCUAUUUUUCAGUAGAAGGAUGGUCAGUUUCUACCUGUUCCUCUUACAAUAUGACAAAAUAGGAGCUCAAAAAUUAAAGUUGUGACCUUUAUUGCUAAAAAUUGGCAAGCAUGGAAAACGAAUAAUAACACUUGCCACGUGGAAAACGUAAUUAAAAGUAAACUAUGUAGAAAAUAGGCAAAUAGCCCACCACUUGCACUUUGUAGGGUAGUGGCCGCCACGAAGGAGACCGUGUUAUGUUAGGUGUCCCCCAAGAAAAAAAAUAUAUAAUUUUAUAAUAUAGAAUUAUUAUUAAUUCCUCAGCCUACCGAAAAUGCCACGUGUCACAAAACCCUUUGGUGGAGGAGGGCCUAUUUGACUCUUUUCAUUUCAGGCUAUGCCGGUCGACAAGCCGCACGGGCCUACCUAAUCCCAUCUGCUACGACGUCGUGUCGCCGAUCCAGCGGAUCACGGCCCGCUCCUCUCGCUCCAUCAUGGCCCUUCAUUUCUUUCAAUAAUCGAACCACAUGGCUGGGACCCAUGUCUUGUAGAUAUUCUUUCUUUCUCCGAAGGCCCAAAUUGCCAGAGAAUUGGGCCCACCAUGAGUAGUGAGCGAUAUUUUCAGAAGGAACAACCUUGGAUAUGGUCAUAUGGAUAUCUUUCGUUUUCCUAAUUAAUUAAGAUAAGCCACCAUAGUUAGGUGGAUUAGUGAUGAAAUCUGGUAUUAUGUUAAUAGAUUUUGUGAUGGUCUUAACUUGAUUGUAGGGUUUGUUAAUUUUGGGUAGGCAAUAUUGGGGAUUCAGCAUGAUAGUGAUUGAAUGAAGUGAUGAAGGGGGAAUUCCUAUGUGUAUUAUUGUAUUACUAAAAGCCAUUUCCUAACCUAGCUUGCAAUUGACUUAACUCAAAAUGGGCUAUAUAAAAUUCGUCUAUAUGUUCAUUUUUAUUGAGGCUUCAUUCUUUUUUUUUUUAAAAUGUUUAUUUGAGGCUUCAUGACAGCUUAGUAUACAUAUACAUUCAUCAAAUUAUUAUUGUUGUGAAAUCGAAAGUGACCUUCUCUUGGAAUUAUCAAGUGAUCGAUUGUCGAAAAUUCACAACAUUCACCAGCCGUUGAGGUACAUAUUGUUCAUCGAUUUUCUUUUAUGAAGUGAGAGAUGAUGACGACCCCUAAAACUGCCUACCCUUAGUAGAAGUGACCGAUAUGUUACAAUAGUGGAGCCAGGAAUUUAAAUGAUGGGGAUUGUUUGAACGGUGAUAAUUGAAUAAAUUUUACAUAUGAUUUUACCUAAAUUUCAUAUUUGAAAGGGGUAACAACCCCUCAUAGCUCAAACAUAGCUAAUCUACUGCCUUAUUGGGUCUUAUUUUAAAAACAUAUAUAAGUUUUCAUGUUAAUGAAACAAUGAGUUGUUU